AUGUGCAUACUACCUGCAACGUUCACAGGCAGUCCACGAUACAUGCACGCGAGGACUCAAGACGCGAUGAUAUACGUUCGUAAGUACGGCCGACCAGACCUAUUUGUAACUUUCACGUGUAACCCAAAAUGCUGUCACAACAGCGACGGCAAAUGCACCCGGCAGUACCGCCGAGAUUUCGUGAGCGAAACCAUUACAGGGAGCGAUGGUUAUCCACGGUACCGACGAAGGAGUCCCGCUGAGGGAGGAUUUACAGCCGUGGUAACAAAAGCGUUCAAUGCGCACAUCAAUGUCGAAUAUUGCCAUUCAGUUCGCUCCAUCAAGAAUGUAUGCAAGCAGGAAGGUUCCGUAGACGAAAUCCUGGACUUCCUUGCAGGGCACGUCAUUCGCAGCCCAGAGGGCCCUUGGCACAUAUUCAGCUUCCCCAUCCACGAACGCUUCCCAGCAAUCGUCCAGGUUGCUGUGCACCUAGAAAAAGACGAAAUUCCUUACUUUUCUGUGGAUAGAGCAAUGAAUGUGGCUGCGCGUACCAAAGACACAACGUUUACAGCGUUCUUCAAACUUUGUCGACAGAACGAGUUUACUAGGACUCUAAUGUACCCAGACGUGCCUUCAUACUACGUGUGGAAAAAAAAGAACACCUGGGCUCGGCGGAAGUGCGGGGCCAACGUCGAGGUCUAUCCAGGCGUCAAAAAAGACGCCACACUCGGAAGGGUAUUCAUGGUUCGCCAAUCACGACAGGAAUGUUUUUACUUGCGACUCCUUUUGCACGAUAUUAGUGGUCCCACGAGCUACAAUAACUUACGGACGGUUAAUGGAGUUUUAUGUGACACUUUUAGUGAGGCCUGCCUCCGUCUCGGCCUUUUUGAAGACGACAGCCACUGGGAUGCCACAAUGGCCGAGGGAGCUCUUUUAAAAAUGCCUUCUGCUUUGCGCCACCUCUACACCACAGUCUUACAAAUGUGCCAACCCACUGGUCCCAAAUCACUUUGGGACAAAUACAAGGACUUUUUGUCCGAAGACAUACUCAGAGAAGCGCAACUGCUGUGCCCAACAAUGACUCUUACAUUCAACGAUGAAAUUUACAAUAGGGCGCUUAUAAUCAUUGUGAACCUGUUUGCUGAAAUGGUGGGGGAAAUCUCUCGCCGCUAUUGUGCCAGAUUGUGUGGCUUCCUCCAGUCCCUCACCUGA